CUCGUAAUUCUCAAACUAGGUAGGCUCCGGGCCGUCCCUUCUUGUCAACAAUCCCGCUCCUUUCUCUGUGACGUCAUGGUUUCAAGUCACCACCCACCACAGUAUCUGUCUGAAUUGCAUUGUUUACAGCAUUGAAAGCUGUCACAAAUGCAUAAAGUUUGUUGCCGCAUCCGGGCCCAUGUCCACUUCAAAUUAUCUUGGACCAUGAAUUGUUGAUUGUCCGCCAUCAUGACCUCUUGACAUCAAAGAACGCAACGAUGUACAGUGUACAAGCUAUUCAUUGCAUUUAUCGCCCGAAACCCCGUUCAUGCUGAGGCACCUUGGUACCACCCCCCCUGUGCACCGCAGACCAUGGCUGAUGCUUACACCGACUACAAGGCGUCCAAGUCAAGAGAAACUCGGGUACGGGGUUGAUCUUGCCUCUCCUACCUGAGAGCCACUCACAAAACCUGCUGACGCUAUGGACAACUCAACUUGGAUAGGGUAAGCCAAUCAAAUCACUCCUUCCUGCCGGAAUGGGCUACCGACUUACACGGCAUGCCCUCGGAGCAACUGAGCCUCGUUCUCCGUCUUCACCGCCUGACUUGGCCUCUCGAUAGAGGCUGCAAUCUCGGGGAAAUGAGCUUAGGAGACCGGCCGAAAGGAAGCUGGUCGAGGGCACUGGAACUGACUUCCUCUUAAACUGCCCCAUGACCCUGUAGUUUUCUCAGACAGGCUAGCUCCAGGCAUGCAAAACAACAUCGUCACUCGCCUCACGAGCUCACCCAGAUCUGCUUGCUUUUAAGUGGGCACAUUGUCAGUCACAAAGAGGAAGGAGCGAUCUCUUCCUGUCUUUACCAACAACACGCCCCCCCACACGCGUCACGCAUUCAAUGCUUCCCCAGUUGAUUCCCACACCUGUUUGCCCCGGUACCCCACCAUUGGGUUUCUGUGGUCUCCUUCCACUCUGCAGGCCCGGUCUCUGACCUUCCCGACUCCAUCAUUACAACUCUCUUCCUUUUCCUUUGGCCAGCAACCUAGAACCUCUAGCCGUACUGCCUUCCGGACCUAAGAACUUCACCCUCUCCUAACCGAUCACAUAUUCUCCUUCUCUCGAUUCUGCGGCAUCUGGAGGCAAGAUCAUAAGAUGUGGAAGAUCGGCAACAUAUACUUCAUCGCCGCCGUGGCGGUGAUCGGCGGAGCCUUGUUUGGCUUUGAUAUUUCGUCCAUGUCGGCUAUCAUCUCGACCCAACCCUAUCUCUGCCAGUUCAACCAAAGGGGUCAUGAUGAGAAUGGCCUCUGUCUCGGACCCACUGACGACGUUCAGGGUGGUAUCACUGCUGCCAUGCCCGGCGGCUCUUGGCUCGGCGCUCUCGUGUCUGGCAUUGUCUCGGAUGCUUUUGGGCGCAAGACUUCGAUUCAGCUUGGCGCCAUUAUCUGGAUUAUUGGUUCAGUGGUUGUAUGCGCUUCGGUCAACAUUCCCAUGUUGGCCAUUGGUCGCGUCAUCAACGGGUUCUCGGUCGGAAUAUGCUCUGCCCAAGUUCCUGUGUACAUCUCUGAAAUCUCCCCUCCUUCGAAGCGCGGUCGUCUCAUCGGUUUCCAACAAUGGGCUAUCACCUGGGGCAUACUCAUCAUGUUCUUCAUCUGCUACGGCAGCUCCUUCAUCCCGGGCACCGCCGCCUUCCGUCUUCCUUGGGGUCUUCAAGCUGUUCCCGCCGUCCUCCUGUUCCUGGGACUGGUCUUUCUUCCGGAGUCCCCUCGCUGGCUCGCCAAGAAGGAUCGUUGGGAGCAAGCCGUGGAAGUGCUGACGCUGAUCCACGGAAAGGGAGAUCCCAACUCUCCAUGGGUCAUAAGGGAGCUAUCGGAGAUUCGCGAGGUGGUGGAGUUUGAGCGCGCCAAUGCUGAUGUCAGCUACUUUGAGCUCUUCACUCCCGGCAUGAUUAACCGAACCCAGGUCGGCGUCUUUACGCAAAUUUGGUCGCAGUUGACGGGCAUGAAUGUCAUGAUGUACUACAUUACCUAUGUUUUCACCAUGGCAGGCCUGUCCGAGCCUGGUACCAACGCCGUCCUUCUCCCGAGCGGCAUUCAGUUUGUCAUCAAUGUCGUGAUGACCGUUCCCGCCCUCCUCUGGAUGGAUCGCUGGGGUCGCCGACCGACUCUCCUUGUGGGCGCAUUCCUGAUGUGUUUCUGGCUGUGUAUCAACGCAGGCCUCUUUGCCGUCUACGGCCGCGCGCCCUACCCCGGAGAGUUCACCUCGACGGCAGAGUCAAUGGCGGUGGAGGGACCGCCCGCCAAGGCUAUCAUCGCUGCAACUUACCUGUUUGUCGCCUCAUUUGCGCCCACCUGGGGUCCUGUCUCCUGGACCUACCCUCCCGAGCUGUUCCCCCUUCGUCUUCGUGGAAAAGCGGUUGCCCUGUGCACAUCGGCAAAUUGGGCCUUCAACUUUGCCCUGGCCUACUUUGUUCCUGCGGCCUUUGCCAACAUUACCUGGAGGGUCUAUCUUAUUUUUGCGACAUUCUGCGCAGCCAUGUUCCUGCAUGUAUUUUUCAUGUUCCCGGAAACCGCCAACAAGCCGCUUGAGGAGAUUGAGGAGAUGUUUGAUGAUACCAAGCCUGGCGCCAUCAAGUAUAUUGGGACUCCCGCUUGGAAGACCAAAAAUACGCGCAAUCUUGCCCUCAGACAGGAGCGCAACGAAACGUUGUCGUCGGAGGAAAAGAUGGGUGUCUCUGGAGAACACAAGGAAUCAGCUGCUUGA